AUGCCGCCCCGGAUAGAUGAAGAAGGACACCUUCUGCCCGUGCAUGAUGGCCGCAUGGGCCGUUCCUCCACCCACACGUGGUAUCCUUGCAGCUUCCUGGCCAUCUCACUAGCGGCCCUAGCGCUGCUGGGCAUCGUGCGCCCUCCAUCUACUCAGAGUACUGCAACAGUUGCAGCAGAUCCGGGAGAGGUGCUGAAUGCUUGGGCACCUAGUUCUCAGGACCAAGUCCUUCCCCAAAAAGUUUGGGCAAAAGUCUUCCAUGUAGAGCAUCCCAACUCCUCACUUGGGAAGAGGAGAUAUUACGAGUACUCACACCACCCAGUCUUCAUCAAAGAGAAGGCCAACAUGGAAGAGGUUGUGCAAUGGCAACUUGCGCAUGAUUGUCCCAAGCAGACCGUAGGCAUGGACAUGCUCACCACACGCGAGCUUCCCGUACUCGCCAACGUGCAUUCAGCCAGCGAGUGCCAAAAGAUUUGCACAGAGACCACCGAGUGCGAGGCAUUUGUCUGGGGUGCUCGACGGAACCAGUCUGGAUUGACCGACAGGUGUUUCAGGAAGGCAUUCAGCAAGCUUUACGAAGAAGUGAAGCCUGUAAGGAAUCCUGACGUGGUUGGAGGCCUGCCCUGCUCCCGCCAGCCCGUCAAGGAGAAGAUCUGGUGGCCGAAGGAGGAGAUGGAUUUCUUUGCCAUGCCUCAGCCACCGGAACAAGCGCCUUCUCCGUCAACCUCUACAACAAGAACCCUCUGUCUAGCAGUAUUUCUUCCCAAUUCGUAUGAGCAAGAGUUGCUUGUCAUGCAGUACAGAUUCGGCGGCGGCAUUUUUGCAUGUGAUCAGCAUGCCAUCUACAGCUCCGCACGCCUAGAACUGGCUCCCGGCCUGGUCGCACGUCAAGUGUCAAGCACCUUGAUGUCAGAGUUGGGUGGUCCCUAUAUCACUGUACUAAAUUUAGGCGCCUUCAUGGCAGUAUGGCGGCAAGUCUUGCUGGAUGGUGACUACUUGCAGUGUGACUGGACCAUCAAGGCAGAUCCUGACACCGUCUUCAUUGUCCAGCGGCUGGUACCAAUCCUGUCAUUGCAAGGAAUGACCAUGGGAGAGAAUGGCAAGUAUCUGAACAAUUGCCAAGAUGGUUUGCAUGGCCCUCUUGAGAUCUUUUCACAGGGAGCUCUGAGAAGCCUUGGGCGACAUGCGCUGGACUGCGCGCAGGCUCUUGAUGGCGGGCAGGAAUGCCACGAGCAUUGCGAGAAGUUCUGGGAGUUUGAUUAUGUCGAGAAGUGCAAUGGGCACUGCACAACUUGGUGGGGGGAGGACAUUUGGCUGGACCAAUGCCUCUCGCGAUUUGCAAAUGUAAAACGGGUCUUUGUGCCGGAACUUCUGCUGGAGGCACACUGUCAUCCGAAACCUGGCUGGCGGAACUGCCUCGACUCGAAUGUUGUGGCCUUUCAUCCGUUCAAGAGUGUGCACGAUUACGAAACUUGCUUGGGAGCUGCUCUCAACCGGCAGGUUUUGCUCUAG